AUGGUGUACACGCUGACCGUUCCUGAUCGCUACGGCUAUGUGGCCCUCAUCGCUCUCGGGGCUAUCCCCUUCCUCUCCUGGAUGCAGGGCAACGUGGUGACCCGGUUCCGCAAGCCUGCUGGCGUCCCUUACCCGAACCUCUACGCCUCACACGAGCAGGCCAAAGAGAGCCAGGCCGCGUACAAGUUCAACUGCGCCCAGCGAGCGCACGGAAAUCUCCUCGAGAACAUGCCGCAGACCAUGGCAUACAUGUUGUUUGCCGGUUUGGAGUAUCCCACCGCCACCGCCGCCUUAGGAGCGGCCUGGGUCGUCUGUCGUAUCGCCUUCGCUUAUGGCUAUAUCAGCAGCCAGAAGAAGAAUGGGUCGGGCAGGUAUAUCGGCGGCGGGUUUUGGUUGCUGCAAGGUGGACUCUGGGGCCUGUGCGUGGCCACGGCUCUGAAGAUGCUUUGA